AUGGGUGGCGAUCUCAACUUAAAGAAGUCAUGGCAUCCGCAUUUGAUGAAGAAUCAGACACGGGUGUGGGAAGAAGAAAAAAAAGCACUCGAGGAAAGAAGACGUACGGAACAGAGGGUCAAGGAGCUUAAAGAAGAACGAGCGAAAGAAGAGAUCCAAAACAAACUCGAAGCCGCGGGAUCGAGAAAACGGGUGGAUCGUGUCGACUGGAUGUACCAAGGCCCAUCAAGUGGUCAAACUGGGACCACUGAAGAGAUGGAAGGUUAUUUGCUUGGGAAAAGGCGCAUUGAUGGAUUAAUUAAAGGCACAGAGCACAAGAAUCUAGAGAAGCAAGCUUCUGAGGCUAGUUUUAUGGCCUUACAAAAUGCGAAUACUCUACGAGAUACGACAGCUAAGGUUCGUGAAGAUCCCAUGCUUGCUAUCAAAAGACAGGAGCAGGCUGCAUACGAGGCUAUGAUGAAUGAUCCAAUUAAACGACGGAAAUUACUCGAGUUAGCUGGGCAGGACACCAAGGAGAUCAAACCGAAGAAGGAAAGAAAACAUCGACAUCAUCAUAGGCAUCGCGACGAGGAUGACGAAGAACGAAGACGAAAGCGUAGGAGGGACGAAUACGUGGACAGUCGAGAGGAAGAUCGCAGUCACAAGCGCCGCGGAAGUGGCGAUGAUUACGAUGAUGAUAGGGAUCGCAGAAGUCGCAAAUCCGAACAUCGCCGACGUUCCGGUUCAUACUCGAGAUCUCGUUCCCCCAUGGAGAGAAGAGAUAGCUUUGGAAGAUCACAACAACCAAGAUCAGUAUCACCAGACAAUAGAGAGAUAGGAAGGCCGGGAAGAGAAAGAGACUAUGACCGUCGGAGACCGAUGUCACCAAAUGAGCGCCAGGGUGCCAGAUCAGGUAGAGAGCAAGAUAGGAUGCAGAGGAGGAGGAAUAGUUCAUCCCCUGAAUCUCGAUCCCCUACUCCAGAACGACGAAGAUCCCCAAAUAAGAGAAAAUCUUACCCAGCAGAUAGAGAGGACAGAAGGAAUGAUUACGACAAAAGGGAUACCGAGAAUAGAAUUGAUAAUAGGCGUAAUGGAAAUGGUUAUGGCAGACGAGAUGAUAGUAGACCCCAAGGUGGAUUCCCGAAGCAAAAUGGACCCUCCGAAGAAGAAAGGGAGAUCGAGCGACAGAAGAAAUUGGCCGCUAUGCAACAAGAUGCAUCAAGUCUAGAUAUUGAUCGCGAAAAACGACUCAAGGCUUUGGAGGAACAGGAGGAGGUGGCUCGUGAAGCUGAGGAGAAAGCACGAAGCAAAUCGGCCAAGUACUCGGACAAAGGCGAUUUUGUCAAUGGUCUCAACCGAACUGCAGGAAAUAUGAACCUUGCUGAUCGAAUUGGACGCCGUGCAGGACAAGGUUUCAUCAAGGAGGAAGAGUGA